GAUGUUGCGUCCCCCGGCGGCAGCAGUCAGUAUUCCUGCCAGAGACGCCCAGUGAGGAAGCCAGGCCCAGGCCCUCUCCGCACCCAGCCCAGCACCAACACCACAGACAGCACCAUGCCGGUGUUCGACGCCAACACCCCGGGAUGGCUCAACUGUCGCCCCGCCCGCAACAAGGACCAGGAGAAGGAGGUCCUGGACUGGAUCGAGGCGGUGACGGGGGAGAAACUGCCCGCCGCACCCUACGAGGACGUCCUCAAGGACGGCGUCGUCCUCUGCAACCUCAUCAACAAGAUCGCCCCCGGCUCCGUCAACAAGAUCCAGACCAAGGGAACCAACUUCCAGCUCAUGGAGAACGUCCAGCGGUUCCAGGCCGCCAUCCGCAAGUACGGCGUCCCCGACGAGGAGAUCUUCCAGACCGCCGACCUUUUCGAGAGAAGGAACAUCCCCCAGGUCACACUGUGCCUGUACUCUCUGGCCAGAAUCACCCAGAAGCACCCCGAGUACACCGGGCCGCGGCUGGGCCCCAAGAUGGCGGACGAGAACAAGCGCGAGUUCACCGACGCGCAGCUGCGCGCGCACGAGGGCGAACUCAACCUGCAGAUGGGCUUCAACAAGGGCGCGUCGCAGUCCGGCCACGGCGGGUUCGGCAACACCCGGCACAUGUAGAGGCCACCCCCUCCCACCCCUCCCCCUCCCUCCCGCAUAGAAAUCUAUCUUUUGUACAAUUGUAUACUACCCCUGUAUUACCCUGCGGACUUUAAGGAAUGAUGAAUAAAUUACGUUGUCUUUUUCUGUAAA